UAUCACGAGCCUUGCAUAUGACUAUUUUCUUCAUCUCUUUUGUGGCUCAGCCAAUAAGAGUUUGUUUGUUUGUAAACAGAACAUUACUCUGUUUUCAUAUCGUCAACAGAACAUUACUCUCUCUCUCUCUCUCUCCCAAGAAAAGCUAACCACUUUUUUUUUUUUUCUCGAGAAAAUAUUGAAUCUUUGUGGUCCGAUGACGAAGAGUUCAGAGGAAAGUGACGUCCGAAGAACAAAGAAGAAGAUCAAUGAUGCAUACAAUCUUGCCAAAGGCUUCUUCAACCAUGGUAACAACAUUGAGGCUUUGGGGAUAACCGAGAAAACGAUUUCAGAUCAUGGGGACAACGAAUCUUGCUACGUUCACCACGAACUGCAAGGUGAUAUCUUCUUUCAGCUGGCAGAAAACGCAGAUGACACCGACUUCAAAUGCGUCUACUUGUUUGCUACUGUCGCUGCGUAUUCAGAGUCUACUCAUCUGUUUCCUAACGCUUUCAAGUCCUCUACUGGCUAUGUUCGUUCGCUAAUCAAUUUGGGUGAUCUGCUUGGGGUAAACAAGUUUUAUGAGAAAGCUUUGGUCAAAGCAAAACGGGGAUUGUUAGUAACGCAACCUCAAGACAGUUUGAGGGAACAACUUCAGAUAUUGAUGAAUCUUGCAGCAGAUAAGAUGGAUACGACUGUUACUGAUAUGAUGGAUGUUACUGAUGCAGCAUAUAUGAUGGAUGCGUCUGUUAUUGCUACAAGAACUACGGGUAAUCAGAUGGAAUCGACAGAAAAAGAUCCUUCUUUUGAUCAGUUGAAGAACUUUUGGGCUAAUUUGGAUGACAAGACCAAAAAGGAAUUCUUGGUAGUAGACUUUAGAAAGCUUAUAGACUAUAUAGAGAAUCGCUAUAACAAAGAAGGAAAAGCGUGUUUUAAGAAAUGUGUAACAAUCCUUGAUAUACUUCGAUGGAGAUGCUGGAGGUGCCACUGUUGUCCUCAGGUAAAUUACUGUUUCACAGAUUGCAAGAUGCACAUAUUGGACAGCCAUGUGCAGAAAUAUGAACCCUCCAGAUUCAGUGCUCGCCCUAAAUAUGUGGAUUGUUCAUUGGCUGACAUGAUAUGCUCUGGGGGGGAUUGGAAGCCUAUUGAUGCGGCUAAGGCAUCAAAUCUGAUGAAGGAUAGAGUUAAGAGCAUGAGCAUGGAAGAGUUUGCUUCUGUUGGAUGGUGUAGUGAUUGGCCUGUGGCAGAGGAUGCAGAGCGAGAAAACAUACUCAAAGAGUUUGCUGAGGUUCUUAAAUCUUCUCUCCCCAAGGAGAAUCGUACUCUUUCAUCUACCCUUUGGGAGUGGUUGAUGGAUUACACAGAAGAGAAUCUGGAACUACCUGAAGUUCCUGGGUGGUAUCUUGCGAAAUGUAGCUUCUUUAAGAACCCGCAGUGCAUCUGCUUCUUAGAUCUUAAGCACCUUGAACACGUCCUCAAAUAUUUCAAACAGCUCACAACUGAUGUUCGCGCAAGUUUGGUUUCAAAAGUAGUGAAUCAGCUUUGGGAGAAUUCCCAGGUCAAGGAAAGAAUCGAUCUUGAGGGAGUAACUACUUAUAAUCUGCUUCUGGACAAGAGACUGCUGUAUGAAGAAGAGCUUGAAUUGGAUAAGAUAGGGACAGUAGAGCAUUAUAAAUCUAUAGGAAUUUAUGAUGAUGUGGUGCCUCAGGGUGAUAAUAUAGUGUCUUGGAUUAUUGACUGCCCAGAAAUAGAUCUGGAAUUUGUGUCUCAAAUGGCUAAGGGCUUACAGAAUCGUGAGAUAGGGUUAGCAACUUUGAGAAUAGUAUGUGGAAUGGUCAGGAAAAAGGAAAAGUAUUAUGAUAAGAGACAUAAGAUGGUAACCUAUGAUAAGAUGUUGGGUGAGGUUAAGAACAUUUGCGACAGAGAAGACAACUGGAAGAAUGAUAAUCAGAGGAGCACAUAUGAGUCUGCGCUUCGAGUGACAUGUGAAGAGCUUGCAGUAAAGCAAGAUGAUGAGAGCAAGUGUUUCAUGGCUGUUGUAAGAGAUAUUUUCGAAAAACAAAACUCUCCAAGGUUUGAAGUAUUAGAAAACAGAGAAAUUAUGGAGUGUAUAUCCAGACUCUCUACCAGUGUCCAAAACGAUGUUGUUAAAGAAGGUCUACUGAGGCUAAGGAAAUCGCUGAAAGAGAAGUUCUAUUUGAUUGAUUCAAAGAUUUUGGUGAAUCAAUCUACAUACAAAAACCUAAUAGAUGUAUUCCCAAAGCUCUCGUUAGUUGAGUAUCGGUUGGUGGUCAUUCCCUUGGUGAAAAAGUUCUUACAGGAUAAACUGAUUAAGAUGAUGAACGGAAGUUGCUGAGGAGGUUCUGUUUAACAAGAACAUCAAAAAGAGUAAUCUUCAAAUGAGGGCUAUAAUUCUGGAAGAUCAUUCUUGCAUAUGGAGAAAAACACUUAGUUGGUUGACUAGAGGAGUUGUUUAGCUUUAUGUUCUUGCAAAAUCGGAAAAAAAAAUUGGAUCCAAAAGCGAACUGGUCUAGCUACUUUUUAGUUUAGGUAUCAGAUGCACUUGUUGUUUCUUGAAAGGGUUUAAAAAGCUUUGUCUCUUUGAAAAUUUGAUCAGGGAAGUGGUGAAAAACACGUUUUUCUCAAGUUGUUAUGAAGUUUUUAUCUCCA